CUUGCCCUUUUCAGGCGGACAAAGGAGUUCCUGGCGAAAACCUAAUGCCCUCGUUACCGAUAGAACAAGAACAACUCAGCUGGCCAGGGUUCCAUGUCUCUUGAUUCUAGCCGAGCCUGGCGCGCCUGGCAAGCCAGCCAUGACUGAAGAUACAACAGGUCUCGUUUCUGCUGCCCAAACAUCAGAUUUUGAUUCCACGGGUUACCAGGCAAUAAAUGAUCCCGUUGGUACGAGAUGUUCCAGGUUUUCAAUGGAUAUUACCGGAGUCACAAACAUUGCGACACUCUCCGGAGCAAAUGGGUGCUCAACUCCGUGACUUUUUUGCUUGUUUGCAAUGGGACCAUCGUGCACAUUCACACCAGCUCAUUGCAGUGUUCCUGAAUCCAGCAACAUUGGAAGAAGAUCUUGUUUCAUGUCAGCUACCGGCCUCACUUGCCUACUGCUCAACGGAUCUCAGACCUGCGACUUAUGCCGAAUUGACGAGCAGUCACGAUGCAGUCCUAUGCAGACAUGAAUAUUUUUCUACCAGAGUCUAAAGCAAAACAACAUUGAACAUCAAAAUGCUAGUGUAGACAUAGUACCCUUUCAAGAGGGCGGCGACUUGAAGGGUCUCAGGAUUGGAUCUCGGGACUGCAGUUGGUAGUUCAGUUUCCUAUUGUGUCCCAAGCAGCGCCCCCAGCCCACGGGCGGGCACUGUCCAG